AGCGGCGCCUCCCUGGACCAUAGAGCGCUCCUUCCGCCAGCGGCACCAGCAGCUUCCGGCGGCGGCGAAGGGCGGCGGCGGCAGCGGCGGGAAGAUGCGGGGCCGCGGAGGGAGGCUGGCCGGGCCUUUCCGGGUGGACGCGGCGGCGGCGGCAACGGCAACCGCAACCGGAGGCUCGACCGGCCCUCCUCCUCCUCCUCCGCGGGCUCCUCGGAGCGAGCCCCCGCCGCAGCGCCGCAGAGCCAGGGCAGACCCCUCUGGACGCUCUCCCCCGGAGCUGGCCAGCGCCAAUGCCAAAGCCAGCGCCAAAGCCGCCUGGCCGGGCCCCGAAGAGGAGGAGGAGGAGGCGGCGAAGGCGAAAGCGGGACCAGCCAAGCAGCUGCAAGCGAGGAGGAGGAAGAGGAGGAGGCCUCCUCUGAAGCCCAAGGGCAGCAGUCACCGGAAGAGGGACCCGCUCCCAUACGCCUCAGGAAGCCUGGAGGAGCAGUGGCACCUGGCCAUCCUGGACAAAGGCCGGGUCACCUGCCCCGUCUGCAGAGUCGCCACGAGGAAGACAGUGGAAGGGCUGAAGAAGCACAUGGCAAACUGCCAGCAGGAGAUGUUCACCUGUCACCACUGUGGGAAGCAGCUGCGCUCUCUGGCAGGAAUGAAGUACCAUCUCAUGGCAGACCACAACACCCUGGACCCUGCCCAGCCGCUCUCUCCUCUGCUUCCGUGCAGCUGACAGGGAAAGACAAAGGGCCACAGGACAAGCAGAGCGAGCGUGAACGCCUGAGGCAAGUGCUUAAGCGCCUGGGCAAGCUCAGGUGUACCAGAGAGGGCUGCACAGGCAGCUUCACCAGCAUCGUGGGGUAUCUCUACCACACGCAGAAGUGUGGGAAGGCAGCGUCUGAGCUGGAGACACUGGUCUUACGGUGCCCGCACUGCGGCAAAGCCUACCGGUCCAGGGCUGGCCUUGUUUACCACAUGAAGUCUGAACAUGGACCAGCCCCCUUUCUCCACAAAGACGUCCCGGCAGGGCCCCCAAAGGACACUUGUGGAGAAGCAAACGGUGGGCGCCGGCUCCAGAGGAAGUCUGCAAAGGUGGCUGCCUACUACCUGCAUGAACUGGCCCACGUGGAACUGGCCAAGGAGUGGCCCAAGAGGAAGGUCCUCCAGGAUCUCGUCCCCGAUGACCGGAAGCUGAAGUACACCCGCCCAGGGCUGCCCGCUGUGAGCCAGGAGGUGCUCUGCAAGUGGAGAGCCGAGAUCAAGGCAUACCAGCAGGUCCAGUGCCCCAACCAGGGCUGCACCUGUGUCUACAGCAGUGUCUCAGGCCUCAAGGCCCACCUGGGCAGUUGCACCCUGGGUGAGUUUGUGGCUGGGAAGUACCGGUGCCGGCUGUGCACAAAAGAGUUUGUGUCGGAGAGCGGAGUCAAGUAUCACAUCAAUGCUGUCCAUGCCGAGGACUGGUUUGAGGUCAGCACCACUGGCUCCAAGCGCUUGACCAAGAAGGCCAGGCCUCAGCCACAGCCGGAGGAAGCAACCAGGGCCAUGCAGCAACAGCAUUGGCGGAAGAAGGCCCUGGCCAGCCGCCGGAAGAGAAGGCUGCCGCCGCCUCCUCCUCCUCCUCCUCCUCCCAGCGCCAUCUGUCCCAAAAGGCCUCCUCGUCUGGGCCCAGACCCAAGCCAGCACACAGGCACCAAGGCCUGUCGCUCUCGGGUGCCAGACAGCGAAAGCUGGAGCUCUGGGGAGGAGGCAGCAGUGAGCCCCCCACCAAUGAAGCCAAGCCACAAGCGAAGGAGGAAAUAGUGGACAGACGGACGGACAGACCUUGCUUUCUGCUUGGGACUUCUGGCUCUGGGAGCCUCUGCUGGCACUGGGGCACUGUCCUGGGCAGACAUGCCUUGUGGCCUGGCCUGCCAUUCCUUUGUGGAUGGUUGGAGGCCUCUCUCCCUCCUGCUUGGAAGUGGGGGCAGACUCCCUUGGAUCACCAGCGGACCCUCCACAGCCUGGCCCUGAUCCCCCCACUUCCCUUGGCCUUGCCCUGUGACUGGGAGGGAGGGGGUUGUCUGCUUUGGCUGCAGCCGCCAUGUCUUACAAUGAAGCACAGAAGCUCUGGGCUGCCAGUGCUGGCAGAAGGGAAGGCGGGUGGCACUGGGUGCGAAAGACUGCCACACUCUGCAGCCCACUGACAAUAAAUGGCUGGCUGUCA